AGUUAUACAUAUAUUUAUAUAUCAUAUUUAUAAAUAAACCCUCGUACUAUUAAUAUUUACACACAUUUCUCUCAAGUUCGGUAAUACAUUACUGAUUACUCUGUAGAAGCAAGUCUCUCUCUCUCUCUCUUGUUUCUCUCUCUAAAUUCAAACUGCUUCACAAAGAAAGAAAUGUUGAGAAGGGCGCUGCUCCAAGCUUCCACACGCGGUCUCUUCUCGUCUUCUCCACUGUCUCUCGCAUCUCUGCGGCAAUGCUCUUCGUCUUCUUCCUCACACAAUUCUCAAAUUUCAAACGAUCAUUUCGUCGAACACUUGGACGACACACCUCAACCACCAGCCACCGCCACCAUCUCCAUCGAUCGCUCCUCCUUGUACCACCCUCCCGAGCAUUCCCACGAACCGUCUGCUGAUUCUGAGCUCGUUAAGCACCUCAAGAACAUCAUCAAGUUCAGAGGGGGGCCAAUUACAGUUGCUGAGUAUAUGGAAGAGGUGUUAACGAAUCCGAAAGAUGGGUUUUACAUGAAUCGGGAUGUAUUUGGAGCCGGGGGCGACUUUAUUACCUCCCCAGAAGUGAGCCAGAUGUUUGGAGAGAUGGUUGGCGUUUGGGCAAUGUGCCUUUGGGAGCAAAUGGGACAACCAAAAGGAGUUAACUUAGUCGAACUCGGACCAGGCAGAGGAACUCUUUUGGCCGAUCUUUUGCGCGGUGCGUCGAAAAUCAAGAACUUCACAGAGUCAUUGGAAAUACAUAUGGUUGAAGUUAGCCCGGCAUUGCAGAAACUCCAGUAUCAAAACUUGAAGUGCGUGACUGAAGACGGUGGCGAUGAAAAUGAAGAGAAAAGGUGUAUUAGCACAUUAGCUGGGAAGUGAUGUGUCCUUUGAUACCAAGGAAGGAGCUUUUCUCAAGUACAACUUUGGUGCUAGCUUCACAAAUGCUGAUCUUAUAGCUGCGGUGACUCUGUAAGUUGGUGUCAAUUGCUUGUUCUUGUUUGUUUAUCCUAAAUUUAUUGAAAUUAUAAUCUGGGCAACUGAUAAAACAUGCACUCAGUUGCCUUCGUUUACAUUUCCAAAUUCUUUUCCAUCAUCUAUAAUACGAUUUCCCGUAAAACAUAAACAAAAAUUACUAUCAUGCUCAAAAUCUUUUCUCACAAAACCAUUCUCCCAAAAUGAAAUAUGUUCGUUUGCAUUUCAAAACCCCUUUUCUCGUUUACCACCAUUUCAAAAUUCUCUUGAUUUUACCAUUUCCCGAACAUGUAAAAAAACAUUACUCCCAUUCUCAAAAUCUUUUCCCAAAAAGAAAUAUGUUUCGUUUACGUUUCAAAAUCCCUUUUAUCAUUCGAGAACUGCAUAAAUCGGUGUUUUGUUUACCAUUCAAGAGCCUCUCAACUUUACUUAUACCCUCAACAUAUAAUAAACAAACAUUACCCCCAUUCUUCAAUUUUUUUUCCCAAAACACUAUUCUCCCAAAAUGGAAUCAAACAUAAAGUCUGUGGUUUACGUAUGCCCGAUAAAAUUCUGAAUCUGCCAUUUUCUUGGUGUAGGAACAACAAGUUUGAUUUGGUGAGUGCAUCAUACUACCACACAGUGAGCCCAUUGACCAACACUGCAGUGGGUGGAGAGUUUACCCACAGCUUCUCGAGCAGCGAGAACACCAUCACAGUUGGCACUCAGCAUUCACUGGACCCACUCACCAACGUGAAAGCACGUGUGAACAAUGCUGGCAAGGUUAGUGCUCUGAUCCAGCACGAGUGGCGCCCAAAGUCUCUCAUCACCGUUUCUACUGAAGUCGAUGCCAAAGCUUUCGACAAGAGUGCCAAAUUUGGCUUGGCUUUGGCCCUCAAGCCUUAAACGAUUCUUCCUUUUUUUGGGGUUUGAAUGAGAAUUGAACUUGUCGUGUUGGGUGCUUGUAGAAAGACAAUUAGGCUGUUGGUUGAUUUCCUAAUUCCAUUUGACUAUAUAACGACUUUUCUUUCUCGUUUAACAGCUGAACACUUUUUGAGCCUGAAAUUUUCUUAAAUC